AUGGCACAAAACACGACUUUGGCGUUACCAUCAACUGUUGGAUUCAGUGCGGCUAAUGAGAACGACAAACAGAAUCUCGUGGACGCACUACCUUAUCUUGAUACUGAUUAUGGUGACGCUGAUCGACAGAUGGCGCUACAAUUAAUUGAAAAUGAAUGCAGGACUUUCCGACCAACAAAGAAUUAUUUAAAAUUUUUGCCAACACCUGAUUUCGACGUUUUCUUGACAUCUUGUAUGAUUAAAGAACAUGCCAGGAUGGCAAAGAAGCAAGAGAUGCCUAAAUUGGAUAUGUCACGGUGUGAGCUGUCUUGUCCUUCUACAACUGGACGACAGGGAGACAAAACUUCUUGGCGAAAGGCUAUUCGAAACGCAGAAGCUCAGAACGAACAUUUGUUGCUUCGCAAUUUGAAUUUACAAUCUAUGGAAGAAUACGGUCCUGAAACGUUUCUUCGGGCCAACAAAACUCUUGAAAAACAGCUGCAUGUUGAAGAAAAACAGUUGAGAAAGAUGAAGGAGGAAAUAAUGAAUAUACAUUCUCGCAGAAGGCAAAGUCAACUGGAAGCUGGUCAAAAACUCAAGGAAUUGGAGGAGAGGUGGGUAAACAUGGUGACGAAGAACUACAAAAUGGAAAUGACUUGUGGGGAGCUCGCGGCAGAGAAUGAAGUUAGGGUGAAGAAGGCGAAACUUAUUUAA